UGUUGUAGAAGAACUGAAGUACUGUUCUGUAUUGAUGGGAAACACUCUGAACCUUCAUCAGGACUUUAUUAAAAGUCUUUCUGAAAGAGUUCCUGGUCUGAAGGAGACGUCGGUGGAGGAGUGUGAUGCAGUUCUGGUUUUCUGUCCGGUGGUUUCUCGAGCUGGUACUGAUAUUUCAGCAGCUCUGCAGAAACUCUAUGCUUACAAAGAAUCCAAGCCUACAGUUCUGGUGAUUCUCCAUCAAACACUUAACCCAGAGUUAACAGCACCAGACAGCAGCAGUAGUGUGAACAGAGAGAAUACUCUCACUGUGGACUGUCUGUUCCAAGAGGAUAAAGGAUUACUGAGAUGCUACAGGAACCAGGAAGCUCUGGAUAAAGUCACACAGUGGAUCAGACCUCUGGUACAGAACAGACUGAAGGAACAGAAUGAAGAUUAUACUCAACGGGAACAAGUAAAUGAAGAAGACGAUGGUAAAAGGAAAUCUAGGGAAAAAGAACUGAAAGAAGCACUGGGAAGAAAAGGCACUGUCUUCGUUUGUAAGAUAAAGCCUGUGUGGAUAAUAAAAGAUGAGGACAAGGAGAACCCGGCCGAAACAUCUGCAGAAACCUCUCAGAUCCAGAGUGAACAGCAGGAGACAGAUGGAGAUACUGUCGAAGACAAAUACGAUUGGCCCACAAUUCAGAGUUUGACUCAUAAACAUUGUAAAAGUGUCCCUAAAUUUAAAAGAAAAAUAGAGCGAGGCAGAGAUCAGAGGAACUACCUGAAGCUGGAGGACAAGAGGGGUGGGACGGAGGGACAGGAGGAGGACAUGGUUAUGAUGGUCAUCCCAGAACUAGAGCAUGUCACGUGGGUUCCGAAGUCUAAGGUAGAGAAUAUGGUCAGAGCACAGGUAACAGAGGACCAGCAGCCUCAGUAAACAGGAGGUAGAAACAGACAUUACUGGUCUGGGAUCCAGGUGGAGGGGUGGGGAGAUGAGGUGAGGUUGAAAUAACUCUGGUUUAGACUGUUUAUACUCUAAACAGUUUAUACCGGUAUAAUCCUGGUGCGAUUGCUCUGUUGGUGCGAUUCAUUAUAGUAAGUGUAAAAACUGUUUUAACCAUUAAAUACCUUUCUAAAGGGGAAUGCAUAAAUAGAAUAUACACCAAAGGCAUUUAAACGUGCCAAAAUCAGGAUGUUUACUAGUGUAGCUGUAGGGAGCUCUGACUUUGGUGGAUUGCUAUUGUAACGGUGCAGCUACCUGGACGUGUCCAACAAACUCUUCUCAGCAGAGGAAACUGAGCUGCUGGUUGACGCUGUGAAGGAGCUCCAGCAGCUCAUUUACGGGAACAGCAAUGUUAUUUUAUUUACUAUUCUGUUUAUUGUUGAUGUAAAAGUUGGGUUUGUGCUGCUGUGUGUUCAUGUGUGUGUAAUAAGUGGGGUUGUACGCUCGGCUCGGCACGGCGUCUGUGUUACCGAGAUAGCGAUGAACGUCUGACUGUUGGCGUCUGUCUAGGUUGUAUUCAGUCAGUGGAGCUCCUGUGUUUUCUGUUACCAAGAUAAUAUAUCUGUUACACAACAGAU